UUUUUCCAGCUCCAAAUCAUCUAGGAGCUGAACUUAUUGAUAGCUUACACUUACGUAGUGUCGCUGUCAUUGUUUUACUCUGCUUUUAUUAUUUAUUAUAGUGUAUUUAUAUUAAAAUGAACUGCGUGGACUUUCCGAGAGUUCUGCCAAAUUCACCGAGGAAAGCUCGGGGACAGAUCCAGGUCAUCUUCGGACCAAUGUUUUCAGGCAAAAGCACUGAACUGAUGAGAAGAGUGCGUCGUUUCCAGAUAGCCCAGUACAACUGCCUGGUCAUCAAAUAUGCCAAAGACACACGUUAUUCAGAUCAAGGGAUGGCCACACAUGACAAAAGCACAAUGGCAGCUGUACCGGCCAAUCGUCUGGGGGAUGUGCGGUCUUUGGCACUGCAAGUCUGUGUCAUCGGAAUUGAUGAGGGACAGUUUUUUCCAGACACUGUGGAGUUUUGUGAGGAGAUGGCCAAUUUAGGGAAGACCGUCAUCGUCGCUGCCUUGGAUGGAACUUUCCAGAGAAAGCCAUUUGGAAACAUCCUGAACCUUGUGCCUCUAGCAGAGAGCGUAGUGAAGCUCCACGCCGUCUGCAUGCAGUGUUACAAAGACGCUGCCUACACCAAGAGGAUAGGAUCAGAGAAGGAGGUGGAGGUGAUUGGCGGAGCUGACAAAUAUCAGGCGGUAUGCAGAAAGUGUUACGGAGGUCUGACGGUGGACAAAGAGAACAGUUUUCUCCUCAGGAAUGAAACUCCACAAAAUGUUCUCACAGGAAAACUUGUGGACCCUGGAGUUCCCAGGAAGCUUUUCUCUUCUCUCCACCUCUGAAGAC